AUGGCUCCAAUAGUUGCCAGCAUGGUUAAAAAGAACGAGAAAUUAGUUACCAUGCGUUUUAGCAACGUAUCAGGAGGUAUGCCUCCAGUUUUAUUCGCUUAUGGUUUGGGCCAUUGGGAAAUAGCUCGGUUUCUCUAUUCUCGCACUCCAAUCCAAGUUUUGACAGAAGACAAUAAUGGCCGUGAUGGCGCUGAACUUAUUUCCCAGUGCAUUUUCUACAUAAAUAAAUUUGGUAAUGCUGGAUCUAUAACACCAACAUCUACGGAUUUCGCAAUGCAGUUACGGAUUAAUAUUGUUUUCACUGUUAACCUAGGAAUCCAUGACUUGGACAAAAUGAGAUUGGGCCAUGACCAACUUCUUCACAUUCUACGGUUCAUGUGUGACGUGGUAAGACGUACAAAUCUUGACUUGAAGCAAAAUGCCUUCGUGAAAAAGGCAAUCCUCCGAGCUGUAGAAAAAGGACAAGUGGAGUUUGUUAAGGAAAUGUGUAAGGCGAAUCCAAGAUUCACACUAGUGAAGAUGGAUGAAAGAGGCAGAUUAACGUUUCAUUACACUGUCGAAUGUGGUCAAGAAAAAGUUUUUAAUCUUAUAUAUGGGCUCAUCGAAUAUGAUAGGAAUGCUAUCUUAACGCGUGGAGAUGACUUUAACAAUAUUAUCCUACAUGUAGCAUGGAGUUUAUCUACCCAUCUUAAUCGUAUUCAAGGUGCAGCUUUGCAAAUGCGAAGAGAGCUACAAUGGUUCAAGGUCAAAUUUUCUCACUUUAUUACAUAA